UCCGCGCAAACUCGGCGAGAAGGGCGACGAAGGGCGGAGGGAGGGGGAAGGCGGAGCCUGAGGGAGACGCGAAGUGCUACGGAAUGCUCCGUGCGCGCCUGAGGGCGGCCCGCCAGCCUCUGCGCAUGCGCCUGCUCUCUGGGGCGCACUGCAGCUGCGCGGCGCCGCCGAUAGUACAACUGCGCAUGUGCAGUUAGGCCCAAGCGUAAUGCUGCGCAUGCGAAUCUCCGGAGCGGGCGGCAUCUUUCCUGCGCAUGCGCAGCGCCCCUCACUCGGGGCUGCGGGCUCUCCGCGCGUGCGGGCUGCGCUCGCUCCCUCCCUCCCCUUCUCCUCAGUGCUUUCGCCACCAUUUUGUGUUGUGACCGCGCUUCGCACCGUUGUUUUCACCCCGUCGUUUUCAGUCGAAACAACGGCUCCAUGGCCGAGAGUCAAUCAGCGACCGGGCAGAGCGAGUACGUGUCCCUGAGCGGGUGCGGAACGCCGAGUUCCGAGCCCGAAACCCGUCGGCUGAGCGAGCUGCGCGUGAUCGAUCUGCGGGCGGAGCUGAAGCGCCGCAGUUUAGAUAGCGGUGGGAACAAGAGCGUCCUGACGGAGCGGCUGAGGAAGGCCAUCGAGGAGGAAGGAGGGAAUCCUGACGAAAUACCCGUGAUCUCUGAAAGCGCAAUGAAGAGAACCCCAAAAAGAAACAGCAAAGGACGUAGACCAGAUGAAGAGGGAGCUGAAGACAACGGCCUGGAAGAGGAUUCUGGAGACGGGCAGGAGGACCUUGAAUCAAGUUUGGAUAACUUGCAAGAUAUUGACAUGAUGGAUAUAAGCGUGUUAGAUGAAGCUGAAAUAGAUAAUGGCAAUGCUGUAGAUUGCGGAGAGGAUUACAGUGCUGAUCACAUUCUUGACUCACUGUCUGAUAGUAAAGAAAAUGCUGAUGCAGAAAUUAAAGAACUUCCAGAUCAGCCUACAGACUAUGCUGUAGGGAACUUGGAGGCAUCCCCACAAUUUUCAGAAAUUAAAGAAGAACCAAGAGAAAUAUCAGUAAUGAUGAUGGAGGUGGAAGACGUUGGAAACAGUUUUGAUGCCGCUUCAUCUGAAUUAAUUGAAAUAAAGGAAAUUGAAGAACUGCCUUUGGAGCCAGAAAAUGAGAAAAUACUCGAC